GUCCAUCCAGGGGCCCCGUCAAGGCCGGAACACCGGCCCCAUCUUCGCCGUGGGUGCCCGUCAUCGAAGAGCGGCACACGCGGCUCGCCAAGAACGUCGAGGGCAUCUACAGCGUCCCCUGGUACAUGGUCAAAGCAGCGCUGCGUCGCGCCCCUGCCUCGGACCCGUCCCUGGAGCAGUCCCGCUGCAGUCGGACUGGAUAUAGACGGCUGCAGACGUGCGGCAAGGAGCUCAGGAGAGUCUUCUUCACCGAAUUCUUCGCGGACGUAGGGCCCCCCGACGACGGCGCCACAACGACCCGUCAUAUCAUCGCCAGCAAGACCACCUGCGCUCUGGACGUGCAGGUCUUCCCCUGCUUCGCGCCUGGGGAGCGCUGCGAAGAUCUCCUGGCUAAAUAUCAACUGCAUGAUCGACUCAGCGGCCGGCGACAGGGCAAAAGCGAAUACUACCUGCUCCUGUGGGAUAAGACGUGGGACAUGGAAUGGGCGGAGCGCGACAUGGCAUCCGGUGCGGCAGCGGAUCGACUGCUUGCGCGGGCCUCGGCCACCCUGGAACGCAUGAUCGACGACCCCGACCACCCUGGCGUCAGCGGACGAACGGUCGAACCGCCCCUGACACUCCAGCAGGCUGACGAGUCCCCCGGCUGCGUCUUUCAGCGGCUGCUGACUGUCCCGCGGGGGGAUCACCUUAAGCGCACCUGCGACCGGCGCCGAACCAACGAAACUCAGCGUCGCUGCGUGCCUGCGACCCAGAACUCACUCCUCACCCUGUGCCACGGGCCGCCCGGCACAGGUAAGACCAUGGUCGCGGCCUGCAUCGCGGACGCCAACAUGUUGCGCCUCGCCUCAGGAUGGGGCGCGGGGUGCUUGGGCGGCACCGGCGGCUCCAUGGACACCCUGGCUGAGCAGAUCGGGAGGAACUUGGCUCUGGACUGCGGCGACCUGUUCCCGCACUUGGCCGUGCGCCUCGCGCGCGAGGACAAGGUGAAGGGCAGCGCCGCCAUGAAGAUCACCCCCGUCGCUAAGUACGCCGCAGCGUACAACGUCAAGGCGAAGCUCAUCCUGGCCGCGCACGAGGCGGGGGCCGACCUUUGGGACAAUAAGUUCCUCAUCUGCCUCCUGGACGACGCGGGUCAGACGUCCGAGCCCAUG